CUCACAGACUAAAUGGCUUCCAGGUCAGAGGAGGAUUUCUGCUGUCCUGUCUGUCAUGAGGUCUUUAGAGAUCCUGUUGUUCUGUCAUGUAGCCACAGCUUCUGUAAAGACUGUCUGAAGAGCUGGUGGAGAGAGAGACCAACACGUGAGUGUCCAGUUUGUAAGAGAAGAUCCUCAAGAGAACACCCACCUUUAAACCUGGCUUUAAAAAACCUGUGUGAGGCCUUCAAACAGGAGAGAGAUCAGAGAUCUUCAGAGUCUCUCUGCAGUCUGCACUCUGAGAGACUCAAACUCUUCUGUCUGGACCAUCAGCAGCCAGUUUGUCUCGUCUGCAGAGAUUCAGAAAAACACACCAACCACAGAUUCAGACCCAUCGAUGAAGCUGCUCCACAACACAAGAAGGAACUUCAGGAAACUCUGGAGCCCUUAAAGAAGAAGUUAAAGGGUUGUGAACAAAUUAAAGAGGAGUUUGAUCAAUCAGCAGAACACAUUAAGGUCCAGGCCCAACACACAGAGAGGCUGAUUAAGGAGCAGUUUAAGAAGCUUCACCAGUUUCUAGAGGAGGAAGAGGAGGCCAGGAUCACUGCUCUGAGGGAGGAAGAGGAGCAGAAGAGUCAGAUGAUGAAGGAGAAGAUGGAGGCUCUGAGCAGAGAGAUAGCAGCUCUGUCACACACAGUCAGAGCCACAGAGGACGAGCUGAGAGCUGAAGACGUCUCAUUCCUGAAGAACUACAAGGUUACAGUGGAAAGAGUCCAGCAGCGCCCCCUGCUGGAUGAUCCACAGCUGGACUCAGGAGCUCUGAUAGACCAGGCCAAACAUCUGGGCAACCUGACCUUCAACAUCUGGAACAAGAUGAAGGACAUGGUCUCCUACAGUCCUGUGGUUCUGGAUCCAAACACUGCUCAUCCAGAACUCAUCCUGUCUGAGGAUCUGACCAGUGUGAGACGAGUACAGAGACAGAAGCUUCCUGACAAUCCAGAGAGGUUUGAUGAUUACCUCAUUGUCCUGAGCUCUGAGGGUUUUAACUCAGGGACUCACAGCUGGGAUGUCGAGGUUGGAGACAAUACAAACUGGUCACUGGGUGUGUUUGCAGAGUCCGUCCAGAGGAAGAGAGACAUACAGUCUGGAUUCUGGAGAAUAAGGUUUUGUGGAGGUAAAUACUCAGCAUAUUCACCACAAGCUUUAUCCACUGAUCUGUCAGUGCAGAAGAAGCUCCAGAGGAUCAGAGUGAAUCUGGACUGGAACAGAGGAAGUUUGUCGUUCUCUGAUCCUGAUACUAACACACACAUACACACCAUCACACACACUUCCACUGAGAAGCUGUUUCCAUUCAUUAGAACUGUUGAUAAACUGAAGAUCUCACCACUGAAGAUCUCUGUGACAGUGGAACAGAGCAGUUAGAGAUAAAGAGGAUGAUUAUAUUUAUAAUGUUGUUUAUGUAUUAAAGGGAAAAGUCAGUGAAUUUAAGGGGUGAAGCUGCACCUGUCCUCCUGCUGCCUCAUUACUCCAAAGCUCUGUUUGUGUUUCUUUUAGCAGCUUAACUACAUUUAUGAAAUGUUUUUUUUCCAUUCAGUUACCAUCAGCUGAACUCUGAAAAAGCAGGUCUGAACAUUCUGCACAUGACACAAUUACUGUUUUUUUUUAUUUAUUUGUAAAGUUCAUUUAACAGGCAAUUUUUUUUUUUAUCAUUUUUGAAACCCAGGGUGACGUCUGUGGCAGCAACAUGUUAUACAAGCCAUCGGAAACUAUUGUGAGGUUAAACUGAGCUAAUGAGACACUUUUAGCUCAAACAGAUAAAUCAUAAAAAUACUCACAGAAUCUCAGCAUUAAUACUGAAAACAGCAUAUGAUUUAACUCUAACACUAGGAGCUGGUUUACAAUGGUACUCUAUCCAUUUAAAAUGAUGAUCAGAUAUUGUGAACGUGUAACUGUCUAGUCCUCAACAUAAAAUGUGAGCUAUACUUUUUAUGCCUACGCACC